AUGGACAUGGAAACGCAAGUUAUAGACACCGUCAACGAGUUCUUGAAGGUGGACUCCAUUGACGAGGCGUUCGUGAGCGUCAUGGUUUUCAAGCCCAAUGGCGAACAGGAGCGAGCUUCCAGUUUCGCCAAUGAUUUGGUCACCGCCUUUGGGAACGUGACGCAGGAGAACCGGGAGCAGGUACUUCGUGUCUAUCUGCUGCGUGCAGCCGGCGCCUCAGGCUACCACAUAAAGGUGCUGAUGGCGGCACUGGUCAAACUGGUGGAUGCACACGUCAUCACCGCCAGGAUGCUGUGCGACAAGGUCCUGAUGUGCGAGAAACUGGACUUCGAGCACCGGACCUUCUGGAUCGAGAGCUUCCGUCUGAUUAAGCGCGUCAUCGUCCAUGUGGACUACAAGGGCGUGCGCGAGAUCAUGAAGGUGUGCCGCGACAAAGCGCAGUGGUUUCCCCUCAACGUCAACGUCACCUACAUGCCGCAGCUGUUGGCCGUCGAGGAUAUCCUGCGCUUCAUCUUCGACCGCAACAAUUGCUUGCUGCCCGCCUAUUUCAUUGCCAACGAGAUCAUGCGUCCGUUUCCCUACCAUUGGAAGCUCAACCGGCUGAUGACCGACUUUGUUGAGGAGUUUCGCACUACGGCACAAAUGGUCUCGAUCAUCGGGCAUGCCAGUAUGCUGCCCAUCGUGGAGCACUUCGGUUAUGCCGAUCACAUGAUGAACUCCUGGCGGCUAGACCACAACACCCUGAAGUUUAACUUUAAGGGCAGCCUGCCCUACGAACCGGAGCUUCUUGAGGAGCAGAAGCCCCUGCUUCGGUACGUUUUGGAGCAGCCGUACUCGCGGGAGAUGGUCUCGCAGAUGCUGAACUUGCAGAAGCACCAGAAGCAGCGCUACAAUGCCCUGGAGGAGCAGCUGGUCAACCUGAUAGUCCAGGCCAUGGAAAUGACAGAAGCUAACGACGCCACUGCGGGCAGUGGCUUCAACUCCUCAGACGAACAGAUCACGCCCUACGAGUGGGUGUGGCUGCAUCUUUCCUCACAGCUUAUCUACUUUGUGCUCUUCCAGUUUGUGAGCUUUAUGCACAUUGUGUUGGCACUGCACGAAAAGCUUUCAAAGUUGGAGCUCCGCAAGGGUCGGGACCAGCUGAUGUGGAUCCUCUUGCAGUUCAUCUCUGGAAGCAUACAGAAGAACCCGAUCACCAACUUCCUGCCCGUGUUCAGGUUGUUUGACCUCCUCUACCCUGAGCUGGAGCCGCUUAAGCUGCCAGAUACCAAUAAGUCCUCGAUGGUCCGCCAUAUGGCCCCCAUUUGCGUGUGGAUCCACCUAAUGAAGAAGGCACGAGUGGAAAAUAUGAACAUCACGCGACCUCUGCCCAUUGCACUGAAAAACCAUUACGACUUUCUGCAGCACCUGGUCACGCCCAACACCAUGAUGAAUAUGACACUGGGAAACGACUUCCGCAUCAUUCUCAUCUGCAAUGCUUAUUCUACAAAUCAGGAGUACUUUGGACGACCCAUGGGCCUUCUGCUGGAUGCUCUAAAUGGCACUUCAAAGUCUCCAAAUGGCGGCCAAAUACCGGCCGUAACUUUUUCGGUCACGGUUUUGGACAGCCUGACUGUGCACAGUAAAAUGUCGCUAAUACACAGCUUUGUUACUCAGAUGCUGAAGCAGGCUCAAACCAAAGGGCAAGUUCCUGCAGCGGCGUUACUAGAAACCUAUGCCAGACUUUUGGUCUAUACAGAAAUCGAGUCAUUGGGCAUCAAGGGAUUCUUAAGCCAACUGAUGCCCACUGUCUUUAAAAACCAUGCGUGGGCCAUGCUGCACACCCUGAUGGAGAUGUUUUCGUACCGUCUGCACCAUGUGCCUACGCAUUACCGAGUCCAAUUGCUAUCGCUACUCCACUCACUGUCCUCGGUGCCACAAACAAACAAGAUGCAACUGAAUCUUUGCUUUGAAUCCACUGCUCUGCGCCUGAUCACCAGCAUUGGAUCAGCUGAGUUUCAGCCACAGUUUUCGCGAUACUUUAACGACAAAUCUCCUGGAGCGGUGGCAUCUAAUGAGAGCGAGGAGCUAAACCGGGUCCUCAUCCUUACACUAGCGCGUUCCAUGCAUGUGCACGGCGGCGGGGAUGAGAUGCAGGGGUGGUGCAAGGACUUCCUGUCAAACAUUAUGCAGCACACGCCGCACUCGUGGCCUAUGCAAUCCCUGGCCUGCUUUCCGUCCGCCUUAAAUGAAUAUUUCACUCAGAACAACCAACCGCCAGAGAAUAAGCAGCAGCUUAAGAAGGCCGUGGAAGAGGAGUACCGCACAUGGACGUCGAUGACGAACGAGAACGACAUCAUUGCACACUUCCUACGACCAACUACAAACCCCCUGUUCCUUUGCCUUCUGUUCAAGAUCAUUUGGGAGACGGAGAACAUAAGCCCAGUGGCUUACAAAAUCCUAGAGGGCAUCAGCGCUAGAGCCUUGUCUACUCACCUGCGCAAAUUUUGCGACUAUCUGGUGGCCGAGGUGGCUAGCUCCUCGGAUGGCCGUGACUUUAUUCACAAGUGCGUGGAUACGAUCAAUAACAUGAUCUGGAAGUUCAAUGUUGUGACCAUCGAUCGGGUUGUGCUUUGUCUGGCCUUGCGAACCCACGAGGGAAACGAGGCUCAAGUCUGCUUCCUUAUAAUACAAUUACUGCUGCUCAAGGCAAGUGAGUUAAGAAACCGCGUUCAAGAGUUCUGCAAGGACAACAAUCCUGACCAUUGGAAGCAGAGCAACUGGCAGGAUAAGCACUUGUCGUUCCACCAAAAAUAUCCGGAGAAGUUCGCCUUGGACGAGUCCGCCUCGCAGAUUCCGCUGCCCGUGUACUUCAGCAAUGUCUGUCUGCGGUUCCUACCCGUUUUGGAUGUGGUGGUCCACAGAUUUAUUGAGCUUACCAUCACGAAUGUUCACCAAAUUCUUGGAUUCAUUUUGGAUCAUCUGAGCAUACUCUAUAAGUUUCACGAUCGUCCUAUAACUUAUCUCUACAACACUCUUCAUUAUUAUGAACGAAUCUUGCGAGAUCGGCCCGGGCUUAAGAAAAAACUGGUGGGCGCUAUUACCAGCGCCUUUAGUGAGAUUCGGCCGCCCAACUGGAGUGUUAGUGAGCCGUAUAAGGUGUUUCUGCAAAACCCAGAAUCGCUGUGGACCCCCGAAUUGAGUUACUACAUGAGUCUAAUCAGGCGCUUGGCAGACACUAUCAGUGGCAAGAAUGUCUUCUAUUCCACCGACUGGCGUUUUAAUGAGUUCCCAAACGCCCCCACCCAUGCGCUCUACGUAACCUGCGUGGAGCUUCUGGGUCUACCUGUUGCACCUUCCUUGGUGGCCAACAGUCUCAUCGAUGUGAUAGUCAGCGGAUAUGCUAUCAUUCCGCAGAAGGAUAUCCACAGCUAUAUCAAUGCCGUGGGCAUAGUUCUGGCCGCCUUACCAGAACCUUACUGGAGUGGCAUAUACGAUCGCUUGCAGGAUAUGCUCAACACACCCAAUAUGCUUAACUGGACCUACAGAUUCAAUGCCUUCGAGUUGUUCAACUUUAAGACAGUGCGCGAGGCGAUGCUGGAGAAGACCUACGCCGUGGUGUUGGCAGUAGCUCACUCGGUGUUUCAUCACAUGGGCGCUUUCAAGCUGGCGGCAAUGACCAGGUACCUCAAGGAGAAAUUGAAGCCCUGCGUGCGCACCGAGCAGCAAUUGCUCUACCUGUGCCAUGUGUUUGGACCCUUCCUGCAGCGAAUUGAGUUGGAGAAACCGAACGCAGUGGCCGGUAUCGCCGUGUUGCUCUAUGAGAUUCUGGAGAUUGUUGACAAGCAGCACGGACCAAAGCCUUUGCUGUACAUGGACCAGAUAUGCGAUUUUCUCUACCACAUUAAAUAUAUACAUGUGGGUAACAUCAUCAAAAACGAAUCGGAGGCCAUCAUUAAGCGGCUACGACCUUUGCUACAAAUGCGCCUUAGAUUCAUUACCCAUCUCAACUUGGAGGAUAUUCAUUCGGAGAAGAUCACCGACAAUGCCAACAACAAUGCAAUAACAAGUCAAACGCAAUCCCCCCUGCAACCCCAACAUCAACAGCCGUCUCAGCAACAACAUCAGCUACAGCAACAACAGCAGCAACAGCAGCAGCAGCAACAACAACAACAACAACAGCAGCAACAGCAGCAAAUGCAACUACAGCAGCAACAGGUAAACGCGGUGCAAACAACCAGCGUUCCACUGGGCAGCGGUGGCAGCCUGCAACAACAGCAGCAACUCAACCAGCAGCAGCAACAAAUGUACAUGCAACACAUGCAGCAGCAGCAGCAACAUCAGCACAUGCAAAACAUGCGACACAAUUAGACUAACGCAGACUUGGGUGCAAGCAGACAUAUGUAAAACAUAAGCUUAAUCUAAAUGUAGUAUUAUUUUAUCUUGUACCGGCGUUUGCAUUUAUCAUCGAGUAAUCGUGUAAGUUCCAUUUCCAUGUGUAAACCGUUCUCAGAUAUGUUUAGCGUGAAACUAAGAAACAUU